UUUGGUCUUGGCCACGCUCGCUAGCUCCCUUGCUUGCUUACUUUGCUCAGCUAGCUAGCUAGCGAGAGGGCCAGAGAGCUUCGCCAUGGCGGCGUCCCACUCGCCCAAGGUCGCGAGGGAGGUCGCCGCCGCCACCUGCGCCGUCGACGCCAACACCACGUUCGUGCAGGCCGACCCGGCCACGUUCCGCGCGCUCGUGCAGAAGCUCACGGGCGCCGCGACGGACGAUGCGGCAGCGGCGGCGGCGGUGACCGUCGCGCACGCGCCACCGCCCCCGCCGAGGCGGCCCAAGCUCCAGGAGAGGCGGCGCGCGGCGCCGGCCAGGCUGGAGCUGGAGCUGGCGCGGCCGCAGCCGGCGUCGCCGUCCCCGUCGUCGUCGUUCUUCUACUACCACCACCACCACGCUCACGGCGCCCACGCCCACCACCACUGCCACGGGCCCAUGCAUUCGCCGGUCUCGCCCAUGGACGCCUACAUAGCGCUGGCGGUCUCCGCGUCGCCGUCGCUGUCGUCGUCCUCGUCCAUGUCGCCGCACUCGUCGUCGUGCGGCGGCGGCGGGGCCGUGGUGGUGAUAAGCAGGGAGGAGGAGGAGGAGCGGGAGGAGAAGGCCAUCGCGUCCAAGGGCUUCUACCUGCACGCGUCGCCCAGGGGCGGCGACGACCAGCCCAAGCUUCUGCCGCUGUUCCCCGUACGUCCACUCAAAUCAACUCCGGCGAGCUGAGGGCUGAGGCUAGCUAGCUAGCCGUGUGCGUUGACCACUGCACAAACAUGCGUUUCCGGUAAUUCCAGUGAUGUAACCGCGCGUCUAUAUAUUUGCGCUAGAAGAACUAGAUGAUGAUGAUCCAUGGAUAGAUGAUGCGACGUCGUACGCUUGUUAAUUAAUUUUUAGCUAGGCCUUUACUGCUUUAUAGUUAGUAGAUGGCUAAUUAAUCAUCUGAAUGUAAUGACGCGCGUGGCGUGAAUGAAGUGUGUCUCCCG